GGAUUUCAAGGGAGAAGGACUGCUCCUCGUUAAGCAUCCAGAAUGCCAUUCAUAAACAUAGAAGACCUGACAGACAAGGACAAGGCUCUAAUGGAAGUAAACCAACUUAAAACUGAAAUAAAACUGGAAAGGUGGUUGACAUCUAAGUGCUGUGAGGAAAUCAAGGCAUACAUUCAGGCUGCAGAGGAAGAGGACGUCCUUUUCAAAGGCAUUGCAGAGGAUAAGAAUCCCUUCAAGGAAAAAGGUGGCUGUGUCAUCUCCUAAACUGAACCUGAGGAGCUUUUCAUAUCUCAGAUUAGCACCAAAGAACAUUCUCCUUCCCCCUCAUAAAAUGGAUUUGCAGUCUGAGAAGACUUGAGGGAUAUAAUAAAAAGAAAGAUAUUACAAAAGUUCCCAUGUAAACUAUUCCCCCUCUUCUAGGAGGAUGUAUAGCCUUAUAAAAGUAUUCUUUGAAAAGAUGCAAUAAAAAAAGUAGUAUUUGGCAUGGUUAUGUAA